AUGGGAUUGACCAUCCGGGUGGUGCUAUUAGCUGUCCUACUUUUAGUCGGCUUGCUUUUCGUUGAUUCCCAGGACCUCAAUCAUCCAAAGGAUGACAAGAGUUUGGUCGAAACUAAUGUUUUGCAGUAUGAAGGAAUCAUAUUUCUGUCCACGCUUGAUGGUUUUUUCAUCGCGGUCGACCAAAGGUCUGGCAAAACUUUGUGGAAGUUUCGCGAUGAUCCACCUGUCAAAGUUCCCUCUAAUAUAAAAGAUGCCCUAACGCCAUUAUUUUUGCCAGAUCCUAGGGAUGGUUCCCUAUAUUUACUACAUAAUAAGGAUAAAGUAGGAAUCAAAAAGUUGGAUGUCACUAUCCCUCAGUUAGUAGCUAAUUCACCAUGUAGAAGUUCAGAUGGAAUAUUAUUUUCUGGAAAAAAAAUUGAUAGUUGGUAUUUUAUUGAUUGGAAUACUGGUGAAAAACACCCUUUUAUGAAUUUUGAAAAGCAAGGUGAAAUAUGCACAGCGAUUGCUUCUAAAUCUAUACUAUUGAGUAAAUCUGAAUAUAGCGUUAUGAUGGUUGACAGCUUAAGUAGUGACCAACGCCAAUGGAAUGUAACGUUUUUCAGUUACAAUUCUAAAACUAUGACCGAUGAACAGAAUUAUAAUCAUGGUAUGACUUAUUUUGCUGCUAGUUCGUCUGGUAAUUUUGCAGUUUUUCUUAAUCCUAAAGAUAAAUUUGAAAAAUCUCCUCCGAUAAACUAUAAUAAUUUACUUUGGGAAAGAGAAUUUGAUUCACCUGUUAUUGGAGUUUAUCAACAUGAUGGCGAGAGUCUAUUGUCGUUACCACUAACAAACAUAGCUAAAGACUCAAUAAAGCAUUUAAUUUCAAACAUUGCAUUAUCAUCAAAAGAUCCUAAUUCUGUUAGUUAUUUCCAUACACUUUACAUUGGCCAUCAUAUUAAUACAGGAUUGUAUGCAUUACCAGCCAUUGCAGACACUGGUGAAGUUAAUCCAUUAGUAGAUAGAGGAUUAAUUGUUCUUUUAGACAAAACUUCUUUUUCAGUAUUACCAUAUUAUAGUGGUAAUGAGUUUAAUGUAGAACCUAAAAAUGUUGAAAACCAUACAAUCUUAUUGGGGCACUACCAGCUGAAUCAAGAAUUAAAUACAGGUAUACCGAGAAUAACAGGAAACACCGAUUCAAUAAUUUACUAUCACAAUAUGAGUGGAUAUAACUACAGCAGUAAACAAACAAGCACAAUAUCCACUCAGACUCCUCAAUCUUUGGACUCGUGGCUUAUUGUUCAAAUACUUGGGGACAACGCUGGAAUUAAAUUAUUCAUGAUCGGGAUAACACUGUUGAUGAGUUUAAUGUUCUGGUAUCUACGAAAAGAAAUGAAAGGUUUGAAGAAUAAAUCAAAUAAUAGUCAUAACAGUUCUCAGGGAAGUUCAAGAGGUUCAAAUCAUUCCAAUAUUAGUUCAUCUCAAAUAGUUGAAGAAUUGCCUGAUGGUAGUUUUUGUAUUGGAAAAAUUAUGUUCCGUACAGAUGCAAUUUUAGGAAAAGGAUGUGAAGGAACAUCAGUUUUUAAAGGGGAGUUUGAAAGUAGGCCUGUAGCUGUUAAACGAUUGUUACCAGAGUGCUUUAUCGCUGGAGAAAGAGAAGUACAUAUUCUUCGAGAAUCUGAUUACCAUCCUAAUGUUGUUCGUUAUUACUGUACAGAACAAGAUAAACAAUUUCGAUAUAUUGCACUGGAAUUAUGUGCUGCUACAUUACAAGACUAUGUAGAAAAAAAUGAAUUAAGAAAUGAAAUUACUCCUAAAGAAAUUUUAUGUCAGUCGAUCAAAGGUCUGCAGCACCUUCAUUCACUUGGAAUAGUUCACAGGGACAUAAAACCACACAAUGUAUUAUUGUCAAUACCUACGCGUGGAAAUGGUAGUUUUAGUAGUGUCCGAGCAUUAAUUAGUGAUUUUGGGUUAUGCAAAAAAUUACAGGGUGGAAAAAUGUCUUUUUCUAAACGUUCAGGAGUUACUGGAACCGAUGGCUGGAUAGCACCUGAAAUGUUUGUUACAAAUGCAUCUGUGACUAAAUCUAUUGAUAUUUUUUCAAUGGGCUGUCUGUUUUACUAUAUCCUUAGUCAAGGAAAACAUCCAUUUGGUGAUUCAUUGUGGCGUCAAGCUAGAAUAUUGGAUAAACGUCAAGCCCCUUGUCUCAAUGCCUUAAAUGAAAGUGAAAUUUGGAAACGUUUGAUAUCUUUGAUGAUAAGUCGAAACCCAGAAGAUAGACCCACUGCUACAGCUGUUCGUUAUUAUCCAGCAUUUUGGGACAGCUCUACAUUGCUAUCGUUUCUUCAGGAUGUUAGUGAUCGCGUGGAAAAGGAACAUUCAAUGAGCCCUGUAAUGCUAGAACUCGAAAAAGGUGGUGAUGGAGUAAUCGGACAAGAUGGUUGGCAUGAUAAGAUUGAUCAAGAAAUAACUUCAGAAUUAAGGAAAUACCGAACAUAUAGAACUGGGAGCAUUAGAGAUUUGUUAAGAGCAUUUCGAAAUAAAAAACAUCAUUUUCGGGAACUAUCUCAAGAUACUCAGAAGUUAUUCGGUGAUAUUCCUGAUACAUUUUUAGAAUAUUGGACUUCCAAAUUUCCACUUUUAGUGUAUCAUACAUGGACAGCUAUGCAAUGUUUAUCAAAUGAAAUAACAUUUGUUAAAUACUAUACUAGCUGUUACCAAUUUCCACGUACAGAAUUUACUGAUUUGCCUAACUGGCUGUAUGAAAGUGAUCAGCCUGUCGCAUUUAGCAGCUUACAAAAAGUACCUAGACGUCCAAAUACUGGUAUGAGUUGGCGACACAGAAAACGUGGGAAAACUGUGGAAACUUCUGAACAAUAAUUUUCCAAUGUUUCAAAAAGAUUAUUUAUAGUAUUAUACUCACCUCAUUUUUUAAAUUCAAGUGAUUGAAGUAUGCUGCUCCUGCAUCUGAUGAUAUUCCAUAAGGUAAAAGCAUAAAUUGCAAAUCCGGGGAUGAUAUAGAAUAGUUUUUUUUAUCUGAUGGUAGUUGUAAUAAACCAAUAGCUUCACAUCCUGGAUGCGUCCAUAUGCCUAAAAAUUUAUUAUAUCAAAGAAAAUUAAAAUGAAUUAUUUGGGUAACUAUUACCAGUUCCUUUGAAAAAGUAUUUAUAAAUGUUUAUUGGUGAUAUAAAAUCUUUAAAAGUUAAGUCCAAUGAUUUUUCUAAAGUUAUCAUGUCUAAUCCAGUAAUAAUGUGGUCUUGUAAGUUUUCUCCCACUGCCAAAUCCGCAAUCACAGGAAUCUUUAAGUUAUAAUAUUAAUUUAAAAAAAUAAAAAUGUAAAAAAAAUAAAAAUAAAAAUGUUUUUCACUUUUAAUGGUUUAAGUUGUUGUGCUGGUCCAAUACCACUUAAUAAAAGUAUUUUUGCAGUAUUCAAUGUUCCUGCAGACAUGACAACAGACUUAAGUGCAUAUACUUUAAAAACUUGGUUAAACCUGUUGUACAUAACACCAUUUGCUUCGUAAUUAUGUUUAAACAGCACCUACUUUAAUGAAAUUUUAAUGAUUUAUUAAGUAAUUUUAAUAUAAUAUAAAACUAUUUUUAAAAUACUUUAUGCUGUAAAACAUAAUCACCUUUGUAACCAAAGCAUUUGUGAGCACUACUAAGUUUUUUUUUUUUCUUGAUUUUAAAUAUAGGUGUUCAGUGCUUAAUCUAGCCCCUGUUCUUAUUGACACUGGUGUCAAUGAGAAACUACCACCAUCUCGUCUAGGAAUAUGAAAUCCAUCAUUGUUCAUAUCUAAUGAAGUAUUAAAGUCCAACUCAUUGGCCGCCUCAAGUACAGCUGUUGCAAUUGGUGUCACAUGUGUUGGUUGAUGACUGAAGAAUUGUUUUUUAUUGGGUGAUCCUGGUUGUAUGGUUUUUAUUUUUAACGGUUUUAUAUUUUUAUUAUUUAUGUUGUGGAUUUUUCUCAUUUGUACAUAUAUGUUUGUAUAAAAUCAAGACACAUAGUGAUAAGUUACUUGUAAUGCUAACUGUUAUAUAUAUUUUUUAACAUAAAUAUACUUACUAUUAUAUA